UAGUUCUUCAAUUCUAUUUAAGGGAGGGGGUAAAGAAACAGAGUUGCCAUAAAGCAAGAGAGAUGGAAACCGCAAAAGCAGAUAUAGUUUCCAGGGAAUUGAUCAAACCUUCAUCUCCGACUCCGAAUGAGAGAAAACAGCUUAAACAGUCCUUGCUUGAUCAAUUUGCUCCAGAAUUAUAUAUUCGUCUCGUUUUUUUCUAUCAAAAUCAGUCCCCAACUUACCCAUCUGAUCCUUCCCAAAAUACUUUGCAUCUAAAGAAAUCAUUAUCAGAGUGUUUAACCAAGUUUUACCCUUUAGCAGGGAAGCUGAGUGAAGAUCAUCUCUCAAUUGAUUGUGAUGACUCUGGAGCUCUGUUCGUAGAAGCUAAGGUUGAUGCUCCGCUGUUUCAAGCUGUCCACAGUGCUCCCUACGAAAGUUUCCGGCAAUAUCUGCCGUUUGACCCGUUUCCUCCUGAGAUGUUUCCUAGAAAUGAAAUAUUGCUAGCAGUUCAAAUCAACUGGUUUGAAUGUGGAGGUUCUGCAAUUGGAGUUUGCAUCUCCCACAAAGUAGCCGAUUUCGCGUCCUUGGUAACGUUCAUGAAUUCAUGGGCUGCCAUAAACCGGGGCGAAAGUAUCAAAUUUCUACCGGAUUUCGAUAUCGGAAGGAAUCUUUUUCCUCCACGGGAUGUCCCUUUUAAGCUUCCUCCAAGUGAAUUGAAAGGGAAACUCGUGGGGAAGCGUUUUUUGUUCACCAAAGAAAAGCUCAUGGAAUUAAAAGAUCUGGCAAUUUCUUCAUCAUCGGUGAAGGACCCAUCUCGAGUUGAAGUUGUUACAGCUUUCCUGGUGAACCAACUCAUCAAAGUGGCAAGAUCUAAGAAGAAUAGUGAUCAGGGAGAAGCGACUAAAAUAAAGUUCUUGCAAUCGGUGAACUUGAGGAGCAAAAUUAGCAGCCUGAAGCAGGCUUCUAAAAAGAAUGAGUUUCAAUUUGGGAACGUUGUAGCCGUCGCAAUUGCUUCAUUUAGUACACCUGAUGAUAAUGAAACUCAAGAAGGUUUCAGAGACGAUCAUUAUUGUGAUUUGGUUUCUCUGGCGAGGAGCUCGAUUAGGAAAGUCGAUGACGAUUAUGUUUGGAAUUUCUUGGUUCCCUUUAUGAAUAACAUGGGUACUGGUAGUACUUCUGGGACAAAUCAACAACAACAACAACCAGAGAUGAUGAUGCCUUUUACCAGUUGGUGUAGAUCUUCGACGUAUGAAGCUGAUUUUGGUUGGGGAAAACCGCUGUCAGUUGUACCUGCCGGAGAUCCAUCGAUUCCGACGACAAUGUUAACCAGCACAGAGAAUGAGGAUGUGAUAGAAGCUAGGAUUGCCAUGUUAGAAGACGAAUUUGCGCUGUUCUCGGACGAGCUUCUUUCCCUUGAACUCACUGGUCUUCAUUUCUAGGUGGGUCAGUUGUGAUUGUUAAACGGUAAAAUUAGAGAAAUUGAACCCCCAAGUUGGUACAGAUUUCCGAUUUCUGAAAUGGAUUGUGGUUGGGAUGAUGUUAACGAGCAUUCCAAAUAUGAAGAUGGAAUUGCAGCAUGGAUUUAUACAGAGUAGAAGAUGAAACUGUGUUUGCUUCCGGACGAGGUUCUUUCUCUCGAAGUGGCCAAUUGUUUUGACCUAUAGAAUGAUGAUCUAUCAUAGGAAAAUCGGUGAUUUUGGUUGGUUUAUUAGCUUCAAAUUUCAUCUUGCAGUUCAGCAUUUCAUCAAUUUCAUUAUAUUGGUGUUCAGUAUUUUUUGUGCCAUAGUACUCUCUCUGACCCAAAAAGAAAGAACAUGUUUGUUAUAUUCAAAAAAAUACUACUAGUACUAUAUAAGAAUUAUGAUUUUUAUUUUUCUUAGGAUGAAUGGAUGAUGGGUUGAGGUUCUACUCAAUGAAAGUUGUUACAUACUCUAAUGGAUUUGUAUAAUACUAAAUGGUCAGGUAGUCGGUGAAGAUUACUGGCCUUACAUUUGGAUUAAUU